AUGUAUGAUGCUGGUACUAGAUAUGACGUAGGAAACGCAGAUAAGUGGAAGAAGAGAAAGAAGAAGAGGAAGAGGAAGAGAAGGCGCCAGUCCACCCUUUGCGAUGACUUCCCGAAACUCGUUCAGGAUCACGAAUUCAAGCUGCAGCUUGAAGGCAUAAACGAAGGAAUGGAUAACGGCCUUAAGCAUGAAGUACUGCGCGUAGUCGAGGGCGAUCACCACGACAUCACAGAGAAUGGCGACUACCUGGAUGAGGAUCAAAAAGAUGAUGGUGAUAUAGAUGAUGCUCAGGAUGAUCUCCUGGACCGAAAAGCCGAGCACUUGCACUCGCUCCAUGGGGCUCAUAUAGGGCAGGUACUUGGCAUGGGCCUCCGGGUCGGAGAGACCGAAUUGGAAGACCACGGUAGGAACGUGGAAGAGAAAUGCGUCCGUAACGAUCAUGGCGAGGGCAAUGCGCAGGAUGUGUCGAUUCCGCAUGACGAAGCUGAUCAGGUGGAGGCGCGAGUACAGGACGACGGAGAAGCCCGUGACCAUGCCGACCCAUCCUAUUUCAGCGAUGGUAGUGCUGAUGAUCCAGUUGCAUUGGGGCACGCAGUCUUUCAGGACGAAACCGAGGGCAUGCAGAGUGACGCCCCAUGUGGUGAUAAGGACGCUCUAGAAGUAGAGGCCAGAGUAGCGCCGGAAGGUAUAGAAAACCCAGACCGUUAG